CGGAGCGGAAGAGGCCGAAGCGGCUGGGUGAGGCUCUGAAACCGUUCGGCCCAGAGUCCGUAGCCAGGCGCAGCUCGAGCCCCAGAACCCGGGAGGGACUACCACAAACGGAAGGAUUUGGAGUUCCGGGGAGCAAUCGCCGCUGCCGCCGCUUCUGCCGCCGCAGAAGCUACCGUCCCCGCCGCCGUUGGACGCGGCCCUGAGAGGCCUCUAGGCCUAGGCGCGGCCUGCGGAGCCCGACGUGUUGCUGCCGUGAGUAAAAGGAGCGCCCUCUCCACAGUCGUUUGCAAAUUAAAAUGGAGGAAAUUUCAUUGGCUAACCUGGAUACUAACAAGCUAGAGGCCAUCGCUCAGGAGAUAUACGUAGACCUGAUAGAGGAUUCCUGUUUGGGGUUCUGCUUUGAGGUACACCGGGCAGUCAAGUGCGGCUACUUCUACCUGGAGUUCGCAGAGACUGGUAGCGUGAAGGAUUUUGGCAUACAGCCAGUGGAAGACAAAGGAGCUUGCCGCCUCCCGCUUUGCUCCCUUCCUGGAGAACCUGGGAAUGGGCCUGAUCAACAGCUGCAGCGCUCACCUCCGGAAUUUCAGUAGCUGCAAGAUGAGAGAGUCUGAGAGUGACCAGGACAAUAACAUAGACUGGUCCUGUGGCUUGGAGGAGUAAGCUAAAUAGAAAAGAAAUCAAACAAAAGUCCCAGUUCCCCUUGAAGAUCCUAGCAUUUAAAAACCCAGAGUGAAGAAUUUAGGAAUUUGGAUCCUUUUUUGAGUGUAUUACCUGGGGACAGCUCUGAACCCUCUGGGCAGGAGGAGCCUCACAGCCUGGGCACCAUGCAAUGGGGUGUUGAUAUCUAAACACAUCCGGAUGUGCACAAGAUCCCUGUAUUGCCCCCAAUACACAGGUGAGCAGUUGUGUGCCCAGCUUAUAAAGCCCUUUGGUUCCUCUGCCUUUCUGUUUGCCUGGUGUCAAGGGCUUCCUGGACAGUCUGGACAUUACUGAUGAUCAGGCUGUAAU